AUGCGCACAUUAGAAAAAGCUGCACGAGCCGCCCAUAUCGAAGGAAGAAGAUGGCAAGAUGAGUUAGAUACUUUUCUUUUGAAUUACAGGUCAACGCCGCAUGGCAGAACUGGUAUCAGCCCGGCAGAGCUUCUAUUCAAUCGAAAAAUUCGGAAUAAACUGCCAAAUGUGGACCGGUUAGACCCCAUGCCCUCAGACAUCGAAGACAGCCAUGAAAAAGCUAUCAAUAACGACUCUAAGAGAAAGGAGAAGAUGAAGAAAUAUGCGGACAAACGGAAUCAGGCAAAGAACAUUAAUCUUCAAAUAGACAGCAAAAGAAAAAUAAGCUAUCUACCCCAUUUG